AUGGCCAGUGAACCUUCGACCAGCACUUUGGAAAUUCAAACAGAUACUUCUGAGCCUUCCCAACUCGAAGUACUUGCAUUAAAUUAUCUUCGAAAUCAAGAGAUUUUAACUAUCCCCACCAGAAUUCUGAAACUCAAUCCUUGCAAAACUGAACCACCUCUUACAUGCCCUUUGUGUAAUGUAAUCAUUGAGCUGACUAGAGAAGAGGUAGUACUCACUUCUGGAAAAUAUCACCUUCAGAAAAAACAAACUGACACUGGACAGGGUAAUGAGAAGCUCAUGACUUCGCUAAGAUUGGUAGAAGGUGGCUCUUGUGCUAAACAAGCAAGUCAGUCGAAGCAAGUAAGUGGAGCAAAUCCAUGCACAGCACCUCUGGACAUUCUCACAUAUAUUUAUGCAAUAACUGAUAACUUAGAGAAUCAAUUUAAUGUAAAUAGCGGAAAUGAUACCAAUAUACAAGAAAAAUUAUCUACGCUUACCAAGAGAGAGAAAGCUGAAAAUGUUGAUAAGAAGGAGGAUGCUGAUGGAUCUAUAUCACAAAGCUUAGCCCAAUUAUAUCAAAAGGCAACUCGUACUAGAUUACGCAUUACAAAGGGUUAG